AGACUGCAGCGAUGGCAAGAACCAAGCAGACCGCUCGUAAAUCCACCGGUGGUAAAGCCCCGAGGAAGCAGCUCGCUACUAAAGCCGCCCGGAAGAGCGCCCCAGCCACCGGCGGUGUCAAGAAGCCCCACCGUUACAGGCCCGGGACCGUGGCUCUCCGAGAGAUCCGUCGCUAUCAGAAGUCCACCGAGCUGCUGAUCCGCAAACUGCCUUUCCAGCGUCUGGUGCGAGAGAUCGCUCAGGAUUUCAAGACGGACCUGCGCUUCCAGAGCUCCGCUGUCAUGGCCCUGCAGGAGUCCAGCGAGGCUUAUCUGGUCGGUCUGUUCGAGGACACCAACCUGUGCGCCAUCCACGCCAAGAGAGUCACCAUCAUGCCCAAAGACAUCCAGCUGGCCCGCCGCAUCCGCGGAGAGCGCGCUUAAACCCGCCGCUGCAUCAGCCGCGUCACACCCCAAAGGCUCUUUUAAGAGCCAC